AUGGCGGCAGUUGGUAUCGAAACUGCGCCAGGUUUACAACAACUUUUCAAAGACAUUUCUCCAAAAUUUAAACCUGUAGAGUCAGAAAGUAUUGUGAAAACUUUAAAAAAGAAUUAUGGAGGGAAAUUUGAUCUGCUGGAUAGUCACGAUCUGAUGAAAUGUUUUCAACUUCUUGAAAAGCAUGGCUAUGUAUCUGACAACAAACUCAACCUAAUCGAAGACUUCGUUGCCACAAAAUCUGACGAGGAGAAGCUCAUUAAGAAAGAUAUAGAUCGUUUCAAGGACUCUCUUUUGGGUAAAGGUGAUCCAGAGAAGGAGUUACAAGGACGGAGUGAAGAAAUCAAGAAAAUUAACAAAAAACUGGAAUCGAAAGAUACCGUAGUACUAAACUUGUUUGGGUCGUCUGGUGUAGGAAAGACAAAGCUUGCCACCGAAGUUUGCUCACAGUGGCGAGGGACUCAUCGUGUUUUUGAUUUACGAGAAGCAAAGAAUAUGACAGCGAUCUAUUACAAAAUGCUGCAUUCUCUCGAACUAGUAGUGCCAGUUGGUCAUGUUGAUCAAAAUUAUGUUGUUACCAAAGUUCUAGAGAAGGUUGAAGAGUUUAAAGAUAAGGAACAUGCCGUUCUGUUUAUGCUGGACAAUGUAGACCACUUUACCGCAGGAAAAGGUAAAGAAGGAAAAAACUUGAAAACGGCUUUCAUGGAAUUUUUAGCAAAGCUCUCAGAGAAAAGAAGCAAAGAAGAGCGAUCUCCUUUAAAGCUGCUGCUCACCUCUAAGACCGAGUUAAGAGGUUCCAAAAGGAUGGAUGACUUUGAAGUGAGAUCUUUAGAGAGGACUUAUUCAGAGAAACUAAUUUUUCCAAAGGGAAUAACUGAUGUUAAACCACAGCAGAAGGAUAACUUAAUGAGUAUCACUAAAGGAUUCCCUCUAUUUCUAAAAGGACUAGGAGCUAUUUUACGACAAGAACGAAAAUCUCCAGAAGAACUUAUUGCAGAAGUUGUGCAUGCUCUAAAAAAAUUGAAAUUGGAGCAGGAUGCUGAAGGAAUGCUUGCUGGUUUUGAAGAAGAAGGAGUGGAUGUCAAUCAGAUGUUUGCAGUCAGUUUAAUGUUUGAGACACUUUCCACAGAAAGGUUAAAGUUAUCUGCAGUAGUGGUUUCCUUGUUUCAUGGGCCUUUCUCUGUGGCAACAGCUGCCAAAGUUCUUGAUAUUGACCCUUCAGAGGCCAUUGUUCAGUUAGAGGGUCUUGUAGCCAGCCAAAUAAUUUCUGUUGUCAAUGAAGAAGCAAAAGAAAGGAAGUAUGACAUUCAUCCUCUCUUACGGAAGUAUGCAGACAGUAUCAAGAAUAAUGAAGAUUUUCUUGCUCCUUACCUGGAGGCAAAAGCACGCUUCUAUGAAUUCUUCAUGUCCAGGAUGAAGAAAAUUGCAGAACUCAUUGAGCCAAAUUAUGUCAAUGCAUUCAAUUUGUUUGAGACAGACAGAGGAAACUAUGAGUUCACAGUUGAGAUCUCCUUACAACCAGAGUAUUUCAUUGUUCCAGGUGAAUUCCAUGAGAAUUCUUUAAUUGCAUCUCUUUUCAUUGCAAUGCUGACUGAUAAUCAACUUAUCAAGGUGUUUCAUUCCUGGGCUGAGAUGUGUGAAGAUGAUGGAAAAACAGGUUCCCUUUGCCGAGCGCAGUUGAAGUCCUGGGAAGCCAGGCAAGUUUCAGACAUUGAUGGAACAGAGAAAGGAUUUGAAACAUUGAAGGAAGCCCUGAAUUCAUUGGAGAAAGUUGAAGAUCAAACUGGAAAAUCCUUUAUGCUCACCAAGGGGCUUUACUUGCACACUGAAGGUGAAAUCCUUUGGAGAAACAGAGACUAUAAAAAGGCACUGGCAAGUCUGGAGUUGUCCUUAACUUUCUCUGAACCACUGCUUGAGGAGCAUACUGAUCUUGCAAGGUGCUACAAUGCCAUUGGAAACAGUUUUUUUGCUCUCGACCAGCCUAGAAAAGCACUCGAGUUCUAUGAAAAAGCCUACGAGAUGCAAGAGAAAUUAGCAUCUGAGAACCACUUUGACAUGCCAAUGUACAAGAAUCAGAUUGGAACUGCAUAUGAAGGCCUUGAAGAUUAUGAAAAGGCAGUUCAAUGUUACAGAGGUGCACUGAGUCUCCUGGAGGACCUUAAACUUUCAGGUUACUGGGAUGAGGCACACUUCUUAAGAAAUCUUGCUAAUGCACUCAUGUUUCAAGAGAAAUAUAAAGAGGCAAUUGAACCUUCAGAGAGGGCUUACAACAUAAGGAUGAAGCUUCUCGGAAAUCACCCACAGACUGUGCGCAGCAUUUUUCAACGAGGGGUCCUCCAGGCAAAUCUUGAACAGCCAAAAGAAGCUUUGAAGCUGUUUCUUGAAGCGUGGGAGAUGGAAAAGUCACUUGGUGUAGGAAACCAUAGUGAAGUGUGGCGAAAGAUUAUCACAGGUGUGGAAGAUAUGUGUGAUUGGACAAACAAUAGAAAACGGAAGAGGUCAUUUAGAAAAGAGGCUUUCAAGUUUUGUCAACGUUUCUGGGAAGAACAAAAAGCUUCUCAACAAUUCACUUUCAAUAUAUUUAACAAAGGCAUCGUUGAUGCUCUGAAUGACCUCGCUGAUGACAAGAAAGACAAAGCUGUAGUGCAAAAGGAACAGUUUUGGUUCUACGAGGCGAGGUGCAAUGCCAACGAGAAAGAGUUUCAAGAGAAGUUUUAUUCGGAAACUGAUAAUGAUGCUCUCUGUGUCAUGCUGAGUGAGAGGGAAAAUCUCUUGGACGAGAUAGUGGAGCUCUCUUCUCAGCUUGAUGAACACGAGAAGGUGAGGAAAUACAAACUGGACAAGGUGGCUUUGUACAAAAUGUGUCUGGUGAGAGCGGGUUUCCUUGGAAACAAAGAGGACGGGUUGGACAAAGCGUCAUUGAAGAUUAAGGUAGAAGAACUUUACAAAGAGACAGGACAAGGAGGAAUGAUCCAGAAUUUUCGGGAGACAUUGUUGGAUUCGUGGCAAAAGCAGUGGGAAGAAGGAAAAAGUAACGAAGAAACGGAGAAGAUCGGCUUGGAAAGGGAGAGAACAAUCGAGGGAAUUCUCAGUUUGUGCCGGGAGCUCAAAAAAGUAAACAUGUACAGACGGUAUGGACAAGAAGCAUUGAGCUUUUAUGAGGAAAUAUGGGAGAUAAAACAUGCUGAGAUGAAGGACCGUGAAAUGAAGAAGUUUCUUCGUAAACUCAUAGAGUUGGCAUCGUCCAUUGAAGAUUACACGAGCGAGAAAUUUUACAAAAAUGCAUUACAGGCGCUGAGGGAAACUGGGAAACAUCCAGGAGCCAAAUUAAGGCCAAGAGAAGAAGAAUUGGAAAUCGAAAUUGGUUCAGAAGAAGAGAGUGAGUCACAAGAUUACCACAAAUUACUUAUUUAUUAUCUUGUAUCUCACAGAGACACUGUAACAGUACAAGGUGGCCGAUGGGACGCGAGGAAGGCAGCAACUCACUUGGUAUUUCCACCUGGUUUUGUCGCUGAAGACACUGCGCUGACUCUUUUCAGAUGGAAACCCUCCCUGUGUUCACCUCCUCUUCAGCCUAAUGAAGCCGUGGUUAGCAAUGUUCUUGAACUAUCGGCAGAAGGCGCUGAAGGUCUUCAGUUCAAAAAAGAAAUCACUGUGGGAAUUUCGCACAGCGGACCGGACCUUAGAGGAUAUGAAGUGGUGAUAAAGAACUUGACAGACGCAGAAAGAAAUGAAUGGGAAGAGGCUGAAGAAACAGUCGACUUUCGAUCUGUAUCAGAUCUGCAGAUGGCUUAUCGCGAUGAUUUUCCUGAUUAUUGCCUUCCUGUUGCUGAGACUAAAAUUACCCAGUGUUCCACAUUUGCAGUGGUUUGCCGUCUCAAGGCCCACAAGUUCACCAUAACCUCGCAACCGUCCACCCUUUCAUUACCAGGCUUCCCAUUGGUCAAAGUGCAUUUUCCCUCAAACGCAGUCUCCGCCGCAGAAGAAUUGCACGUGACUGUCACGAUACAAGAAUUUCGCAGCAGAGAGUUAAGAAACAAGGAGGUGUUGGCUGGCCCGAUACUCAGUAUUCUGUGCAAUAAGGAGGUGGAGUUCCAGGAACCAGUCACUGUACAGCUGCCGUUAUCCUUGAGAGACACGGAACAGGCUGCUGAAUCAUUGGGUAUUCCUGAUCCGUCAUUCGUCCGUGCCCGAGUCUUGUUGCAACCAUCUGAUGGAACAGAACGAGAAUGGACCGAAAUUACAGAUGUUCUUGAUUCCCCCCCUUGGCUGGAGGGGACUGUCAUCAAAUUCAACGUGAAGCACUUCUCGAGACUUUGGGGCUGGAUAGAUUGGUGCGUUAAACCAGUUGUGUCACCAAUAAUCGAAUACGCGCGUAGCUUUAACACAGAAGAUGUACCCCAAGUGGCAGUUUUUACAGCUUGUCUUCCAGCAAAUACAAGCUUAGGUUCUACAAAACAGCUGCGUGUGAUAUGCAGUUCAAGUAACGCGACACGGAAGCACAUCAGACAUGAGGAGGAAUUCUUGUUAGAGGAAGAAAAUGCGUGGGAUAACAUGGUACCUCACGAAAGGGCUUAUGUGUUUUUUUCAGGAAGCGUGGUUCAGCCGGCCGAGGUCGCGGAUUUGGAGGACUUUUAUGUCAGAUUUGAAAAAGAUGAUUCCAUAAUAAGAAAGUUGAGGGUACAUGUUGUCGACAAAGGAUGGCUAAAAAUUGAGUUCUUCAACAGCAGAGAAAAGAAGACAGAAAAUAAACUGUGCAAACUAGAAAUGGACCUUCCCCCUCGAAAAAGAGACAUUGAGAAGACUCCCGUGGAGUUUUUUGGAGUUCCUUUGGAUGACAACAGCAUCCUUCACGAUGCUCCGUUUCCGGAAAUCCUAGCAGAAUGUCGAGGAGUGUUAGAAGAAAUGAACAAGGGGAGUAUAUGGCGAAGUCAUGUUGAUAGGAACGUCGACGGACAAAAUCGAUGUAGUUUUUACAAAGCUCUGGCGAGCCUACCACCAGAUGACCAACAAAAAUGCUUUGAGAAGAUCGUUGAGUGUUUGCAAACAAGUGAGGGAACCAAACACAUCGCAGAUCACCUCUUAAAAGCUGAAGCUUUGAUUAAGAAACCGCCCACUGAAGGUGUGCUCGAUGUGAUAGCUGAGAAAUUGAGGACAGGUUCAUUGUGGAAGAAACUCGCAAGUAAAUUGAAGAUUAAGCAAUGUGUUAUUGCCAAUAUUCAAGAGGACGAGGAGGAUGGACAGGAGCGCUGCAGGGCAGCACUAGAAACUUGGCGUCAGGACAAAGGAUCUAGUGCUACAAGUAGAGAGUUAAUGUUGUGCUUAACGAACAUGGGGUAUGGUAAUGUGAACUGGCAUAUAAUGAUCGAACUCGACCUUGUUACCAGAGAUAAUAUACCACCGGAAGAGAGGGAAUGAUCUGUGUUAAAAAAAAAAAAAAAACACUAAGUUAGUAAAGA